UUUUAAAAAGGAAAUUGAAAUUGUAAAGAGAAAGAGAACAAUGUUUCUUCUUCAAUUCCUUUACAGCUGAGCCGAGAUUGACAAUCCCCUUGUGAUGAUAACGAUAAACAGCUAAUGGUGUAAGCUAAAUCUCAAAUCAAUUCCAAAUGAUUUCCAUAGCAAAUUAGGGUUUUCAAUUUCAAACCCUAAAAAAUAAUAGCCUUUAGAAUUGGUCCCAUUCAUGCCCUUUUGCUCCCACCCACACACCCACCCAUCAUCAUCGUCAUCAACAAUAAACAACGGUUAACAAUUUUGAGUCCAACCCCAAUCCCAGGAUCAACCCCGAAACUCAAUAAAAGAUUCAAAAAACAAAUUAGGGUUCUAAUUUUAAAAUCAUGGCCUUUCGAAAUGGUCCCUUUGAGUUACUCUAACCCCACAACCACCCAUCAUCAUUAUCAUCAACCACAAGUAACCAUUUUGAGUCCAUCCCCAAACCCAGAUCCUAACAAUCCCAAUGAUUCUAAAACAAUUCAUUGGGGUUCCAAUUUCAAACACUUAAUAAAAAAUUAGGGUUUUUUUUUUUUUCGCUUCUGCUUCCCCAAACCACAACCACAGCCACAGCCACACCCACACCCACACCGACCCAUCAUCACCCCCACCACCAAGCUUCGAUUUUGAGUUUGAAAAUGGCGACAAGGGGCACCAGAUCGGAGAAGGUUCGUCGAAUUUUCCAGCAAUUCGACGCGAACCGCGACGGGGGUCUCAACCGCGACGAAAUGGCGUCGCUUGUUGGUGCAGUAAACCCUAGGGUAAAGUUCAGUGACGAACAAAUCAACGCCAUUCUCGACGAGGUGUUCCGAACCUACGGCGAAUUCAUCGACGGCGACAAGGGUCUCACCUACGAGGGUCUCUUACGAACCUACGACGACGGUGCCGGCGACGUUGACCGCGAUUUUGACGCCCUUGGCCUCGACCUCAACGUAGACGAGGCCGCAGCCGCAAAGGGGUCGCUUGCGGCAGCUUCUGAGGCGUCGUCGUCGUCGAUUGUCGACGAGAGAAUGGCCGUGGAGACGCAGAAGAAGCAGCGGACGGCGGCGUGGGCUGUGUCGCCAAAUCAUGGGAUCGUGUUUGACGACACGUGGAAGAUCGUGGAUGAUUUGGAGAUUCUGGUGAAGAGGCUGAAGAUGAAGCAAUCCAAAGAUGGUAAAUUGAAAAAUGACAACUUUGAUGCGUAUUCGGAUGCAGGUUGGUCCCGAGAAUUGGGGCCUUCUGCGGAGAUUUCGGAGAAGAGAGUGUUUUGGGAGGAGUCAGGGCAUGAUUAUUCAGUGUUUUUGAAGGAAUUGGGAGGGUUGAGAGCCAGGGCUGAUAGUGCUAGAUCAAGGGAAGAAGCUUUUGAUGGACACAUGGCAAUUGGAAGGGUUUUGUAUGAGCAUCAGUUGUUUAAGGAGGCUUUGGUUAGUUUCAAGAGGGCUUGUGAGUUGCAACCUGUUGAUGUGAGGCCUCAUUUUAGAGCUGGCAACUGUUUGUAUGUUCUUGGCAGGUACAAGGAGGCCAAGGAGGAGUUCUUGUUGGCUCUUGAAUCCGCCGAGGCCGGUGGAAACCAAUGGGCUUACUUGCUGCCUCAGAUUUAUGUCAACCUUGGCAUUGCGCUUGAGGGCGAAGGCAUGGUUUUGAGUGCCUGUGAGUAUUACAGAGAGGCGGCAAUUCUUUGUCCCACGCAUUUUAGAGCUUUGAAGCUUCUAGGCAGUGCCCUUUUCGGUGUUGGGGAAUAUAGGGCGGCUGUGAAGGCCCUGGAAGAGGCAAUUUUCAUGAAGCCGGAUUAUGCUGAUGCGCAUUGCGAUUUGGCCUCAGCGUUGCAUGCCAUGGGGGAGGAUGAGAGGGCAAUUGAAGUGUUUCAGAAGGCUAUUGAUUUGAAACCCGGGCAUGUGGAUGCGCUUUACAAUUUAGGUGGGCUGUAUAUGGACCUUGGCAGGUUUCAGAGGGCCUCUGAAAUGUAUACUAGGGUUUUGGCUGUGUGGCCUAACCAUUGGCGAGCGCAGCUGAACAAGGCGGUGUCUCUGCUCGGAGCUGGGGAGACGGAAGAAGCAAAGAGAGCCUUGAAGGAAGCGUUGAAAAUGACAAAUAGGGUUGAGUUGCAUGACGCAAUAUCGCAUUUGAAGCAGCUGCAGAAAAAGAAGACCAAAGCCAAUGGGGGUGUUUCUGGGGAGUCAUUGUUUAUCAUAGUUGAACCGUCCAAGUUUAAGACAGUUGGAGAAAGGACUACUGGGAGGCAGGAACUAGCCACUGCCCUGCAAAUCAGAGCACUUCAGAGGGUUACCAGGUUGAAUCGUUGCAGUGUGGAGCUUUUGAAGAAGGAAAUGAGUGAACGAGAGGUGCCGGUGUCCUAUUCUGGAAGUGGAGUUCCUGAAAAGUCCAUUCGAAAGCCGAAUUUGGAAGAAAUUCUUCACAGAUUACUCAGUUUUCUGAAGCCUGAGACUUUUCAAGGAGCUGUAAAAGCGAUAAAUGAGAGGAUUCUGUCUGUUUUGGAUGAUAGUGGUUCAGGCAGGCUCGAUCUGGGAAUGUUUUAUGCUAUUCUCGCCCCUAUUUGCGGCGGUCCACCAGACAGACGUAAAAGGAUUGCCUUUGAUGCACUUUUGUGGCGUCCUAUGAAUGAAGACGGUGCUAAUAUUAAGAAAGUUGAUGCCACUAUAUACAUCAAGUUGUUAAGGGCCGUUUAUCUUCCUUCCCAAGGGGUUAGUGAAUUAAUGGAAGUUCGAGGAGACUCAGACACUUCAAUGGUGUCUUUCUCCGAGUUUCUAGUAAUGUUUGAUGAUCCAGAUUGGGGUUUUGGUAUCAUGCCCACUCUACUGAAGCUUGAAAUGGGGGAUAGAAACCGGCAUGGCAACACCGUGUGCGUAGUUUGCCGGUACCCAAUUAUUGGUUCUCGGUUUAAGGAGACAAAAUCUCAUUUUAGUUUGUGUAACCAAUGCUACAGUGAGGGAAAGGUGCCUGCUUCAUUUAAGCAGGAAGAGUACAGGUUUAAGGAAUAUGGAAGUGAAGGGGAAGCCAUGAAAGACAAAUGUACGUGCUUUAAUUUGCAUUCCCGCGAUGAACAGUAGAUAGUAGCAUUCAAUUUUUGUCUUUUGAUUUUUUGUUCUACUAUCUUGUAUUAUCCCAUCUUGUUUAUCCUAGCUUUUCAGUGUGACAUAUCUAGCUCAUGCAUUCACCAGGCAUUUUGCAUUUUGGCCCUUUUGUCUAAUAACUGUUUCAGGGGGUUCUUCACUGUUUUAGUAACUGUUUAUAGAUAUUGUAAAACCUUAACCCCAUCCGUGACAAACAUUUGUGUUGAUCAUGCUUCUUUAUCGCUUCUUGCUGUUGUGUAUGAAGCAUUUUUCUUUGACAAACCUUUGUCUAAUGUUCAAUGGAGGAGUGAUUAAUUUUUCAAGAGUUGUCCUCCUAACUGUGUUAGAUUUUGCCUGUACGUUUCAAGUAUCAUGAGUACAAUACAUUCAUGGUUUUUCUUUCAUUUCAAUGUUAAUUUGACAGUACAUUUAACUGUUCUUUCAACUGUCAUUUGUUUUUAUAUGGUUAAUUUGGUUUACAUUUACACUUUUGUGUACUGGGCCUUUGCGGUUUUGUAUUAUGAAUUUACAGAAAUUUUGUUGCAAUUGAAUCUAGUGCAGAAAA